AGAGACAUGACCGGAAAGCUGGGCUUCAAUGAGUUCAAGGAGCUGUUUGCUGCCUUGAGUGGCUGGAAGCAGAACUUCAUGAUGUUCGACCAGGACCGGAGUGGCACGGUGGAACCCCAUGAGAUGACCCAGUCCAUCUCCGCUAUGGGCUACAGGAUCAGCCCGCAAGCUCUGAACGCUGUCAUCAAACGCUACAGCAAGGCUGGACGGAUCUAUUUUGAUGACUAUGUCGCAUGUGCUGUGAAGCUUCGCGCCUCACAGAGAGCUUCAGGAGGAGAGACC